CACACCCACACACACACACAGAGCGAGGCUGUGCAGGAUUCAGUCUUAUCGCUGCUGCUGGCACCGCAACCCGAACGACGCGUCGGGAGAUCGGUGUGCAGCUGCUCCUGGAGUCUGGAGCGGAGAGCAGCGGGGCGAAGCCUCCAUGUCUCCGGCUCUCCUCUCACACCCCGGCCUGCUCCUUUUCUCGUUACCGGGCCUGCUGCGCUGAGAUAAUGAAAGGAUGGCCGAGCAGAGAUGCUGGGACCACGCGGGGCUGACGGAUGCUGCCGCAGAGACCCGCCGGGAUGAGCAGCCGCAUCAGCGCGCCAUGAAUUCGGCGGAGGAAGCAGGUGCGGAGGGCCUGAGUCUGGAGGACAUACUGAGGCUGUACAGCCAACCCAUCAACGAGGAGCAGGCUUGGGCGGUGUGUUACCAGUGCUGCAGGACGCUGGCGAGGGGACACCGGAGCGGAGGGAGCUCCUCCGCCGCCACCGGAGCAUCACCAGCGGCGGCUCCGAGGAGAAUAUCCGGAGCAGCGGAUGUUAGGAUCCAGAGAGAUGGGUCCGUGAUGGUGGAGCACCGGGGGUGUGAAGAUAAAUACAGCCCUUGCACAACAACAGAGGUGAUUGAGUCUUUGGGCAUCAUGAUCUACAAGGCUCUGGACUACGGGCUAAAGGAGAAUGAAGAGAGAGAGCUCAGUCCUCCUCUGGAGCAGCUCAUCGACCUCAUGACCAACAUUGGCGAGGUCACAAAGGACGCCUGCCCUGACGAAGGUUAUGAGGCCACAGAGGAGGAGGACGAGGCCGAGGACGAUCCCGAUAGUGUCUACAGUGUUCAUGGCUACAGAGAUAUCCUCAAGCUGUGUACGAGUCAUCUACCCAGCCUAUCGGACGCCCCCAGUCACUACCAGGCCGUGUGUCGGGCUCUGUAUACAGAAACCAGGGAGCUGAACACUUUUCUGGAGAAGAUCAGGAGCGCCAAAGAGAACCUCCGUAAAAUGGAGGAGGAGUCGUCAGAGGAGCCUGGUCGUGACCUGAACGAGCUGCAGAACACUGACUGGGCUCGGUUCUGGGUCCAGGUGAUGAGGAACCUGCGUGAAGGAGUCAAGCUUAAGAAGGUGCAAGAGCGUCAGUACAACCCUUUGCCCACCGAGUACCAGCUCACUCCCUAUGAGAUGCUCAUGGAUGACAUCAGGUUCCAACGUUACAAGCUGCGCAAAGUCAUGGUGAAUGGAGACAUCCCACCCAGAUUAAAGAAAAGUGCUCAUGAAGUCAUCCUGGAGUUCAUCAGGUCCAGACCACCUCUCAACCCUGUGUCAGCUCGCAAGCUGAAGCCACAGACUCAGCCUCCUCCGACCCUGCAUGAGCGGAUCCUGGAGGAAAUCAAAGCAGAGAGGAAACUGCGACCUGUGUCACCUGAUCAGGUCCGCAGGGGAAGGCUGGGUUUUGGCAAAACUCGCAGUAUGCCACAGGAUUUGUUCCGUGCAGGAAUAGAUGAGUUUAGUCCGUACAUGGGCAGAAGGACGUCCAGCUCUCUGUCUCUGACCAAUGGAACAGCUUCCCCCAGACUAGAGCCCUCCGGAUGUCACUCUGCACCUCAGAGGAAAAGGCUCCUGAAGGCUCCUAGUCUCGCCGAGCUGGACAGCUCGGACUCUGAUGAUGAGAUUUUUGGGCGCAAAUCAGCCAGCAGCUCCAGUAUGGCCACAUCUGUGAUGGAUGACACAUCACCAGAGUCUGUGCUGGGGAAGAAAACUCCCCCCAUGUUCCUUCCCAUCUCCUCCACACCUCAGCCAGAGAGGCGUCAGACCCCCCAGAGGAGACACUCCAUCGAGAAGGAAACCCCGACCAAUGUGCGACAGUUUCUGCCACCGUCCAAACAGAGCUCCAGGUCUCUGGAGGAGUUCUGUUUCCCUGUGGAGUGUCUGUCUCUGACGGUGGAGGAGGUGAUGCACAUCAGACAGGUAUUGGUCAAGGCAGAGCUGGAGAAGUUCCAGCAGUACAAAGAAAUCUACAAUGCUAUGAAGAAAGGAAAGCUUUGCUUCUGUUGUCGAACCAAAAGGUUUUCCUUUUUCACCUGGUCUUACAUCUGCCAGUUUUGCAAAAAGCCUGUGUGUUCACAGUGUUGUAAAAAGAUGCGGCUGCCAUCCAAACCUUAUUCCAGUUUGCCCAUCUAUUCCAUUGGCUCGACCAAAACACUCCCGAGGGAGAGGAUAACUGCCAUGGCUGCUGUGGGACAAGGACACUCUGUGGCCGAAGGGCCGGGGCCGUCAGUCGAGGGAGGGAUCGCGCCGUCCCCCGUUGUGAAGAGGGCAACGAUAGGAUCACCUAAAGGAGCUGCAAGACCUGCUGGAGCAGCAGCCGUUGCAAAACCUGAUGGAGCAGCAGCCGCUGCAAAACCUGAGAGAUCCUCCAGUAGCCCACAGCGCCACAGCAUCCAGAAGACCAUGUCCAAGUUUUCAAAGCACGGCUCUUUAAAGUCUCAUGACGAACUGGAGCUUCCCUCGGAGCUGACGGAGGACUGGGCCACCAUGGAGGUGUGUGUGGACUGCAAAAAGUUUAUCUCCGACAUAAUUGCCUCCAGCAAGCACAGCCUGUCUCUUGCCACCAAGAGGGCUCGCUUAAAACGCAAGACCCAAUCCUUCUACCUGUCCUCACCUAAAGGAGGGGAGGAGUACCGGCCCUCUGAACGAACAAUCAACGAGAUCUGAAACUCUUCAUCCGUCUCCCUGGCUGCUCUCAGCUCCGAUUGCACAAUUAGAACACUCCCUGAUAUGAUGAUUAUUGUACAUGUAUACUUCAGUAAGAUUAAGCUGUCACAGUGGCUGGCGUGAACCUUAGUCUUAGAGAGUGUGGUCUCAUUGCUGUGUCUAGAUCAUCGUGUACAGCUACUCCAGACAACAGCUUACUGUAGAUUUAUUUUUCUUUAUCAUAGAUGAUCCUUUAAACUCAGACCACAGCCUUUUGACAAUGCAGAGUGAACUCCCCCCCGUCUGCUCGCACAAAAGCAUGGUCCACCCCAACUCACAUUUCAAAUCAACAAGCACAAGACAGAAGAAGGAGCGGUGUGUGACGCCCUCAGGCACUUGCACUGCAGGAGACACAGGGCCUGCACAGACCACAUGUUGGGAACUGAGGGUGAACAGAUACUGUGGACUAUCAAACUGUUAGUUUUAUAUGGGUUUUAAAUUAGUUGUUUGUUUUUUUACACAUGUGUAUGUACAGUAAAUGAUUGUUCGAUAAAAGGUCACCCAUUUGUAGCUUUAUUUUGCUGAUGAAGCUUAAUGAGGUUUCAUCUUUACAAAGCAUCACUGUUCUUUAGGAAAAAAAAACAUCACAUGUGUUUUAUUUUGCAUCACAUCAAGAAACAUCAUUAAUGCAGAACUAGUGCCAAAUAUACCUUCUUUCUCAUCAGUCUAACGCCGGCUGUUUUUUUAAAGUGAACCCCUGUUAAUAAAAAAUGUGGUUCCAUUCCAAAUCAGAUGCAUUUCUCUAUGUUAAAUAUCCAAGCUUCAGAAGCACUGCUUAAAGCAAAUGUUUCUUGAAAGACACCUUCAAAUAUAUUUUAGUUGGAGAUUACUCUCAAACUCACUGUUAAUCUCAUGUGAUUAAGAGUGUCCUCGCAAUGUAAAUGGGUUUGGGUAAAUAAAUAGUAUUUAUCUUGCACUUUUCCAGUCCAAUCUACCACUCAAAGUGCUUUACUGUACUAUUCACAUUUACCCAUUUACACGCAUUCAUUUCUAUAACAUUUUUCUAUUACAUACUUUAACGGCCAUCAGCAGCAAAUUGGGGUUCAGUAUCUUGCCCAACAUUUCGGAAUGCAGGCUGAUGAAGCCUUGGAUCAAACCACUGCCCCUCUGGUUAGUGGACGGCCCUCACUCCCUCCUUGGUUCCUAGGGUUGGGGAUGGUGUUACAUAAACAAGUGAGGCACUUGUAAGAAACAUAUUAUGAAAAAUCUUUUACAGCCUGUAUAGGUCAAGCUUCAAAAGUGCAUAAUAUCCCAAAAUGCAACUCAACAAGCAUCCUUUGUUAGACCUGCCCCCGACUGGGAAAUGCCCAUAUCUUUUCAAUUUCACAGAGAUCUCUGAAAUCAUCCAGAUGAUAUCAUCAUGUAUUUAAUAUUACCUAGCUGUAGUGAGUAACUUCAUGUGGAAAUUGUUGCAGUGCCCCAUAUAUGAGAAAUAACCCUACAACUGUCAUGUGAUUUGUGUUGCUAAAUCCUGAGCCCCGCCCACUUCAAAUCAGAAAUAUGACAAGCACAAGACAAAAAGAAAAUACUGUUGGAUCCCAUCACAAACACUAGGUAGCUGAUUCAGAAAAGGGUUUUCGGUCUUUUAAUGUUGCCUAACCAGACAAACAUAACAGACAUGUACAGUAUGUUCAUUUGGAAUCAUUAUUUUGUGUAUUUGUGUCUCUCAGAUGUGCAUAGAACCAAACAUAGAAACAUUAUUAUCUGCAGUUCCACGUAUAAUUUUUCAGACUUGCCUUUUAAUCAUAUAUAUGAAACAGCUGCAUAUUUUUGCGUUUAUUUUUAAAUAUACCUUUACAUUGAUAUAUAUAUAGUGUUAACUCCAUUAUAAGACUCCUGACUUGAGUUAUCAUGUAACAAAACACCAAAUUUGUAUGUGUUUGUACUGAUAUACAUUGAAUGAAUCCUAUCUGUCAGUACAAACAUAUGACAACACGCACAAUAAGUGUUAAAAUAAUGCCUUUAUGAUUUCCCUCCAUCUUCAUUCAGAGUCUCAUAGGUAGGAUUGAUUACCCGAGUUGUGGCUUGGGUCCAUUUUACUCUUCAUCACAUUCCUCCUGUGAUAAUUCUGCCUUAAAAUUUGCCUUUUUUAUGGUCACACUCACAUGUUGAACAGUCAUCUGCUGUUACUGUACAUACAAUGUUUCUGAUGGUUUUUUGGUAGGUCAGGUCUGUGUUGAUCCAGUGAUAUAUCAACAGUGUGUUCAGCUCGGCAUGAUGGUGAGGUAUUGGAGGUCCACAGGGGGGAAAAACCCUCACCGUGUGACAGACGGGAUCAUGCAUGUACUACAGUGUAGCUUGUACCUUAAAGUCUGUAUUACCUUCAAGCUGUAACUCCCUGCAGAGUUUGCAACAGAUGAUGACUACAACAAUAAACUAAUGGAAAACCU